AUGCACGGCAUUCCGAUCCAAUUCUCCCGGGUUUCUGAAAUUGACGAGCGCAUUGCGCACCACUGGCUUCUUUUCCCCCCUAAUCACCCGCGGCACCACUUCCACCUCCAGAUGCGCGAGCACCAGGAAGCAGCGGAGAAGAGAGCAACAGCCGAGCGCGGUGCGAAGAUCCUCGAGGAGAGCGAAGCGCGGAAGGAGGCUACCCGGGCUGCCCAGGAAAAGAAGACUGGCCUCAAGGGUCCAAAAGGUGCGCCGCCUGGAAAGCGGUUCAGGGAGCUCGACGGUGACUCCAACGAGGAGGAUGGCGGUGAGGUGGAUCAGCUGGAUGACGACCACGACGAGGAGAUGGUGAGAAAGACGCUGCAGCUGAAGAAGGGGAAGGGUAAGGCGCGCGAGGUCCCACCAACACCACCAGCCAACGAAGAUGAAGGUCCGAGUGGAGGGAACCCUGCGGCGAUUCAGGAAGGUGGCCAGGAUGUGGACAACGAGGAGGAGGAGGAGGAGCAGGAGGAGGAGGAGCAGGAGGAAGGAAAAUCGAAGGGCGUUCUGAAGAACAAGCAGAAGCCCAUGCCGAAGAAGACGAAGGCGAAGCCUGCACGGGAGGGCUGGGUGAUGCCAACAAACCGCGCAUCCCGCAGACCGGAUCUCACGAGACCGAGCGAGUGGCCGUGCACAGCGUGCAAGGGCAACAUUCGCUGCACCAUUUCCAAAGUCACGAAGAAGCCAGCCAAGGGCAAGGGAAGGGGCUGUUGAACAAGGAGUGAAAAGGGAGUGGCAAGUGUGAAGGCAACACUUAACAGACUACAAGACCAGUUAAGGACAGCAGUCAAUGGAGGGCUUGCAAGGUCUCAAGAGACUGAGAGGGAAGACUCAGC